AUGUUCCUCGUGACGUCUGCUGCGGCGGUCGGGCACGCCGCCCCCGACCGCGCCAUCAUCGUCUCGCGUCACGGCGUCCGCCGCCAGUUCCCCAGCUCCGCCUUCAACUUCUCGCUCUACGCGCCCGGCAAGCAUUUUGACACGUCGGACGAGGCGUGGGGCGCGGGCGGCGAGGGCAUGGGCGUGCUCACUCAGCACGGGUACGCCGCGGUGCAGCGGAUGGGCGCCUAUCAGUCGGGGCGCUACGCCUCGCUCCUCUCCGCCGCCGACGGCGGCUGCGCCGACGGCGCCGCCUUUGUGUAUUGCGAGGAGAACAUGCCCCGCGACGAGAAGACGGCAGAGGCCUUCUUCAAGGGGCUCGGCUGCGCGCUCCCGCCGCUGCACUCAGAGGGCGUCGAGUACCUCAUCGACCAGGGCUCGAAGCCGCGCGGAGAGAACGGCCAGUGCGCGCUCGGCACGCAGGCGCAGGUCGAGGGCCGCGUCGGCGGCAGCGUGGACGGGUACCUGCGGCUGUACAAGCCGCUGCUGGCCAAGCUGUCGGAGCUCCUCGGCUGCUGCGCAAAGUCGCUGUGCCCGGCCGGGAUGGAGAGCUGCAGCCUCGAGGACCUCCCUGGCUCGUGGGACCCCGCGCACUGGUACACCACCUUCUCGGGCCCCAUCUAUGCGGGCAAGUACUUUGCAGAGUGGAUCGAGCUCACGAUGCUCAACGGGAUGGACUUUGCGUGGGGCAAGCUAUCGGUGGAGGAGGUGAUGGAGCUCUCCGCCUUUGUGACGCAGUACCGCGCCUUUGAGUUCGACCUGCUCGCAGCGCGCCCCUUUGGCUCCGCCCUCCUCUCCCACAUCGCCGCCUCGCUCACCCAGUGGGAGAGCGGCCAGCGCGAGCCGGCGCUGGCGCACGACCCGUCGCCGCGCCUGGUCUACUACGCGGCUCACGACACCAACCUGCUCUACCUCGCCGAGCUGCUCGGGCUCAAGUGGCUCUCCCACGGCUACCAGCCCAACCACACGCCGCCCGGCGGCGCGCUCGUCUUUGAGGCCUUUGGGCCGGCCAAUCCCGCGAAUCCGCUGGACGAGUGGCAGAUCGCGCUCUACUUUGACAUCCAGACGCCGCUGCAGAUCCGCGAGCUGACGGUGCUGUCGGACGACGACCCGGCGACCACCCCGAGCCGCGUCCCCGUCACCAUCCCCGGCUGCAGCACCGAGGCGGAGGGCGACCCGCACGCGCCCCUCCUCUCGGCUCCCCCGACGACAACUGCCAGCAGCGGCACGUGCGGCGCCUGCGACUGUGGCCAAUGCGUGCCCACGGAAGCCUACUCCAACCCGGCGUACGGCUACGACGCCUUUUGCCGCACGUCCGUCUACCAGGCGUGUGCGUCCGGCAGCGCCUACGCGGACCGCUGCAUGUGCUCCUCG